AUGUAUAGUGUUGAACUGAGAAAUCUGAUUAGGUCAUGGGAUAAACUGGCAACCUGUUUUAGUGGAGGAACCGUCUCUUCUACUAAAAGAAGACUUCAAUGUUGGCCUAAGCUGGUUUUUGGUUUUAAAGGUGGCACCACAAAAAAUGAAAGUAGUGCUAGAGUUAAGCUGUUAGUUGAUGAAUGGAGUUCGACUCUAGUUGAUGACCUUCGUGAAGUUGAAUUUGGUGCCCUGUUGGAUAAAGGAAGCUUGAGGUGGAACGAUGCUUUUGAGACUGAGGGUUUGGGUUCAGUUGGCUACGUGUUUCAGAGGGGGUACCCUAGUUUUCGAAGGCUACAGGACACACUUAAUAUCGCUUGA